CACAGACCCACCGCGCGACGGACUGCACUAGAAAAGACCGGCGGAGGCAGAUGACUGGACUCUCCCGAGCGGCGGUAAAAACCAGCUGAAAGUGUGAGGAAAAGCGUGGGGUUUCACGUAGCCGCGCUUCUACUCGGCUUCACUCCUUUCGCUCGUACAAACCACUGUGGGAUAGUGAUUGGAGUUGACAAGCCCGCUCCACUACUGUAUCUACCCGCACCGCCUCCUCCACCUCUUUCCCACCCUCCUCUCCCGCUCCACACAACCAGGAAAUCGUCGAGGUGUGCUUCUUUAUCCCGUUGGUGGCUACCCCGUUUGCGGGUGUAGAUGCGCUGUCUUUCCUUUGAAUUUUUGGUUAUUUUUUAUUUUAUUUUUUUCACGAGUGUGACUUUUAAAGCGGGGCUUCACUCCUGAAGUCAGCCGAAGUUGCCUUCGAGCAGAGGCUCUCCACUCUGGCCGAACAAUGAGUGAGUCAAGUAUUUGCCAGGCUCGGGCCACUGUGAUGGUCUAUGAUGAUGGCAAUAAGAAGUGGCUCCCAGCAGGCAAUGGACCCCAGACCUUCAGCAGAGUCCAGAUCUUUCACAACCCCACCAACAAUGCCUUCAGGAUAGUGGGACGCAAGAUGCAGACAGACCAGCAGGUGGUAAUAAACUGUCCAAUCACAAGAGGGCUCAAGUACAACCAGGCCACACCCAAUUUUCACCAGUGGCGAGAUGCCCGACAGGUGUGGGGUCUCAACUUUGGCAGCAAGGAAGAUGCUACUCUUUUUGCCACUGGUAUGGCUCACGCUGUGGAGGUCCUCAGCUCUGUGGCAGAUGCAGGCUAUGCAACCCUCCCCCGCCCGGUCUCAAAUGGGCCUUCUCCAGAAGAGCUUGAACAGCAGCGGAGGCUGGAGCAGCAGAGGCUGGAACAGCAAGAACGGGAACGACAGGAGAGAGAAAGACAGGAGUGGGAGCGUCAGGAAAGAGAGAGACUAGAGAGAGAAAGACAAGCUGCUGCAGUCAAUAUUCCUCCAGCUCCACCAAUGGCCUCUGGAGGCCCACCACCUCCUCCAGCUCCUCCUCCACCCCCUGGCCCUCCUCCAGCUGUCGGCAUCCCUCCUCCUCCAGGGCCACCUCCCACAGGACCUCCACCUGCUCCACCCUUGCCCACUCCAGGAGGAGAUGGCAUUGGUGGUGGAGGGGGAGGAGGAGGAGGAGGUUUGGCAGCUGCUCUGGCAGGAGCCAAACUCCGUAAAGUGUCCAAGCAGGAGGACACUGCUCCUGCAGCUUCAGCAGCUCCAGCAGCUCCAGCAGCCCCAACAAGCAGAAAUGACUCCACUCGCAGCAGUAACUCCUCUAUUGGAGGAGUGGGAGGAGGGGAUUUGAUGGGUGAGAUGAGUGCCAUAUUGGCACGAAGGAGAAAAGCUGCAGAUACAGGAGAGAAAGCACCUCCGAAGACACAAGAUAAUGAUGAUUCAGAGCCUCAAGGUCAAAGUGACACACUAAGAAGACCCUGGGACAAACCAGCCAUGACCAGGAAUAACUCCAUCCCCAAGAGCAUGGACUCCACUCCCCCAUUGUCCCAAGCUUUAAGGUCAAAAGCGGUUGGCAACAACAAUGAUGCAAGUGGAGCCGAUGACUCAGAUUUGGAGAAAAUGAAACAGGAGAUCUUGGAGGAAGUGCGGAGAGAACUCCAAAAAGUCAAAGAGGAAAUCAUUGGAGCCUUUGUUCAGGAGCUUCAAAAGAGAGGCACAUAGUUCUGCUGAGCGUCAGGUGUAAUAGAGGGUUGUAGUCUGUGGAGCCGGUUGAGGCAUGUUUGGACCUCCUCUCCACUACACCCUCUCAUGUAGCCCAGGGAUUUCUCUUUUUCUCCUACAACUAUUCUCUUUUCUCUAUCUCUCUUACACAAACACCGUGAGCAUUCUUGCUUAUUUGUACAACAAAUAUAAUCACUUCAUGUAAAUUGUAAGCCAGGGACCUCAUUGUGUCGCCUUCCAGAACUAUGGAUGAUCACUCACUAAUGUUGUAUCAUUGCACCAUCUCUCCCCUGUUCUGUCAUCCCGUCCCUUUGUGUCCUCUGUGAUCUGCUCCUCCGAAACAGUAGCACAUGGCUGCAGCUUCAGUCGCUUUUUGUUUGUCAUCAUAACUCUCUUUGCUGCAGAAAUCCUGCCACUUGUGUCCUCUACCUUCUGCUGUCAGAUUGCAUCAUUACUUGUAUAGCAGUCUUCAGUAUUCAGGGACAGUAUAUUCAUUAUAUUUUUACUGUAAAGGCAAGAUGCUAGGAUUUUUUUUUCUUUUCUCCUCUUUUGGCAAAAUAUGUUAAGACAUUUGCUUGUUGGUUAGGUGAAAUGUCAGUAAUCAAGGAUGGAUCUAAGAAACCAACUUAUUCUAUACUGUAAUGUGACUGUCAAGUGGACUUAGAGCUCCCAGUAACUGCCAAGAACUGAAACGGUCCAACACAAGCCUUCGCUGCUGCAACACAGAGAUGCAAAGAGGAGCGGAGACAAGCAAAAGGGAAUGUGUCUGAUGGACAACCUGAGUGCUGUGAAAGAGGAGUGUAAUGUAGUUUUAUAAUGUGUGAGAAAUUUCUCUUUGCAUUGCACUUGUUCCAGAGGAAGUGUGUCUUUGUGCCACGCUGCCUUGAUGGACUAUUCCUUCUCACUCAAAAUGAGAUAUCUGUUGGCCGGUGCGGUGAUCCUACUGUACACUGUGUUUCCGCCAGUUUUUUUUUCCUUCCAUUCUAGUUAUGUUUUCUAAUUUUGAAACAUGAAAAAACGGCCAUGAUGAGGUCAAUUGAUUUGGCCAUGACCAACUGCCUUGAGAAUAAAUAUAUAAAUAUAUAUAUAUCUAUAUAUAAGGAAAUAUAUAUAUUUGUUUUGAGGGAUAAUGUUAGAAAAAAAUUAAAUGGUGUUUCUAUUUUAAUUGAAAUGACUGGUGAAUGGGAAUUUCAUUUUUCUUUUUCCAAUGAUUGUUUUCGUAUUAAUUGUUAUUUUGGGUUUUCUUUUUUUUCUAAUAGUCUAGGCUUUUUACACUGAAAUAUAAAGAAAACAGCUUAGAGACACUGGAUAGAAAUGCCUUUGUAGUCAAAUACAGCUGCUUCUUGAAAUGCA